GACUCAGUGAUUAAGAAGAACUCUACAGUUCACAGCAACGUGAACAUCUCCAACUGCACUCUCGGAGAGGAAGUGGUGAUCUGGCCUGGAGUUUGCAUCGGCCAGGAUGGGUUUGGCUUCAACAUUUCUCAAUCAGGUGACCCGACCAAGAAGCCUCAGACGCUGAGGGUAGAAGUUCAUGACCAUGUUGAGAUCGGCGCAAACUGCACAAUAGACCGUGGAAGCUGGAGACAAACAGUCAUUGGGUCCAACACCAAGUUAGACAAUAUGGUUCACAUAGCUCACAAUGUUCAGAUUGGGAAAGGAGUCAUGAUCGCAGCACAAACAGGCAUUGCUGGUAGAAGCUGCGAUAUCGGCGACUAUGUUCUUAUAGGAGGACAAGUAGGGAUCGCUCAACACCUCAAAGUUGGAUCCAAAGCCAAGAUCGCUGCGAGGAGUGCUGUGAUGGGAAAUGUUGGAGAUGGAGAGACUGUUGGAGGUUCGCCUGCCGUUCCGAUCAGGUGA